AUGCAAGAUCAACAUAUUCAAGGAGAUUAGCAUGAUAUUAGAUAAUAAAAAUAACAUGCUGAAUAAUAAUAGCAUCAUUUUACAAACAGUACACAAGUUAUUGUCAAGAGUAGUUGUUCAGAUUUAAAUAUACUUAUACACCUGUCGUCUAAUACUGGAAAUUCAGUAAAAAGAUUAUAGAAAGAUUUGAGGGAAAUAUCAAUCUUCACAAUGUCAGAUAGAUUUGAAACUGAAGAACUUCGAUUGCCUGUUCCAUGGGGGUUCAUAGCAGCCAAAGCCUGGGGAUCGCCUCAAAAUUCUCCAGUCUUAGUAGUUCAUGGAAUGAUGGACAAUGCUGGUUCAUUCAACAGAUUAAUUCCUCUUCUUCCCAAAAGAUUUUACUACGUUUGUAUCGAUUUGCCAGGUCAUGGAUUAUCUUCUCAUUUUCAAGCGGAUAUCAACACCAUGGAGUCUGAAAUGAAAACUGAAGAAAUUCGCUUUAAAGUUCCAUGGGGUCACGUAGCAGCAAAAGCUUGGGGAUCUCCGAAGAAUUCUCCAGUAUUAGUAGUUCAUGGAUUAAUGGAUAACGCUGGAUCUUUCUCCAGAUUAAUAUCUCUUCUUCCCAAACAAUUUUACUACGUCUGUAUAGAUUUACCAGGCCAUGGAUAUUCCUCCCACUUUCCAUCUGGAGUACCUCUCAACUUUUUUGACUACGUUCUCUGCAUUCGAUUUGUUCUCCAGGAAUUAAACUGGAAAAGUUGUGUCUGCAUUGCUCACAGUAUAGGAGCAAUGAUAAUUUAUUUCUACACCUACAUUUACCCAGGAAUAAUCAAAAAAUUGGUCAGUAUCGACACAGCAGUCCCAAGACCAUAUGAUGGGGAUUUAUUGAAAUCUCGUGUUAUCGAAGAGCACAAUUCCGCCUUGGAUCAUCUCAACAAUGAAGAGAAUAAAGUGUUUUCUCGGGAGGAAAUUAUUUAUGUUCUGCAAGCAAAACGAAAACACUACAUGAAAAAAGAAGCUGCAGAGGCGAUGUUUGAGAGAACAGUGACUAAAGUUGACGGUGGAUAUAAAUAUAAUCGCGAUCAAAGGCUCAGAAUAAUUCCGAGACCUCUUUUUAAUGAUAAACAGUGUGUAGAGUAUCUGAAAAAAGAGACGGUUCCAACGUUAUUCAUCGUUCCGUCGACAUUAUCGCAAUUUCUAUCAGAAGAAGGGUUGAGGGAGAAAUCACUAGAAGUCGUCAAGACGAAGAAAAUGAUUGAGUUCGUAGUUGUUGAAGGAAAUCAUGAUAUUCACACUAAUCAUCCAGAAAGAAUUGCUCCGCUUAUAGAAAGAUUUUUCGAAAACGUUACUAGUAAAUUGUAAUAUUAAUUUGUUUAAGAAAGGCAAUUUCAAUGCGAUCUCUAGUCAAUAUUCAGAAAACAAUUUUUAAAGUGUACUUAAUUACUUAAAUCAUAUAUGGAAUAUUUUUCACCAGAAAAAAGAAUAUUUGAAGAGACUUCUAUCAAUGAUACUAUUUUACAAAGAAAGAAAAUGCAUGGAAAUUAAGUAUAAUGAAAAAUAUCUAUUUGUACCUUGUGUGACCGUGA